AUGUCUGCAACGGAGACUGCCAGGCCGAAGCGGCUUGUGUUCAAGGCUGCCUAUCUCGCUAGGGCGCAUACUGUCCUCGCCCUCACCGCGUUUCUGUCCGCACUGGCCAUAGGUUGUGCUCUGCACUACAAGAAGAUCGUGAAGAAUGGCGUAGCUGGAUAUCCCGAGGAAUGGUUCCCGUCUGUUUCUGCGACUAUUGGCGACUGGUAUCCGGAGCGCAACAUCUUCCAGAUCUUCAUUGCUCUGAACUCUGGGCCACGUCUGAUCAUAGUUCUCUUGCAAUAUUAUAUGCACCGCAAGCCGUCUUCAAGUCUUCCGGGACUAGUAAUGUUUUCCGGUGUACUCAGAACCCUUUCUUGCGGAGGAUGGGUCUACAUCACCUCCACGGACGAUCACGACGCACACGACGUACUCAUGAUAAGUUAUAUUGUACUCAAUUUACCAUGGAUGUUCGGCACUAUCGCCUGUACGCCUAUACAAAACACACACGUCCGCCGCAGGAGCUUUUUCGUGUCCAUGGUACCAAUGAUCUACUUCUUCAUUCAGCACAAGGUUCAUCGCGUACCCGGAGCGUACACUCGGUAUAGCUUCUUCGAAUGGGGACUCAUCUUCUUCGAUGUCAUGUUCGACUCAGCGGCAGAACUUGAACUUGAGGCUACUAAUAUCGAAGUACGCCCUCCUCCUGCCAUCAUGUUCUCGUACAUAUACUGGUCUAUCUACACAUCCCUCACCCCCACGCUCUUCUACUUCUCAGUCUGGGAGUUGGGCAUUGCAGGGCAUGAACUCUCGCUCCUCUCCACCAUUUCGCCUUUCCUGCUCGGCAUCCCGCCGUUUGCGGAGUGGUGUCGCACUCGCGCGGGAAGGACGACGCUUCAUGUGUUGUCUUUGAUUGGGCUGGCAGCGUACAGGCUGGGAAGUCCUUUGCAUAGGCUGUUCGUGGUGUCGUUUGCUACUGCGGCGAUUGGUUCUCGCGGGCUUAGGGUUAUCCUCUCAUCUAUCGCAAAACACGCGAACCACUCGAACAAUCCAGUGUGGCCCAUCGUGCACGAGCAUUCGGGUGGCUACAACAAAACAGGGCUCAUUUUAGCUUGUAUAGCCAUCCUGGACUACGCUACGCUCUCCCAGUGGUCUUGGUUAGCGGAGUCGAUCUCGCUCGGGAGCCUCAUCUUCACUAUGCACUGUAUGCUUGCCGAUUCUAGCACCCUCAUUGCGUGGUCUUGGACUGGAUAUCCUCUCAAGGGCCCGGUGCCUCAUCUUCACGGCUCUAUCACGCACGUCGCCCAGGCAUCGGUCUUCUACUCCCCUUGCUUCUGGCCAGUCAGUCUUCCACAGGCCUCGAUGCAUUCUUGCACCCACUCUGUCGCGAACGUGUUCACGGUGGCGUACGCAUUCGUCCCUGGCGGCGAGUACUUCCGCGAGCACACGGGCAUCGUGCUCAUGGUGCAGAUGGCGGGGCUUGCUCUGGCGUUCCGAUGGCCGGCACUCAGAGGGAGGGUGCAACUCAAUACGGCCACGAUGAGCAAACGGGCUCGCGUAGCGGCGGGGAGCACAAUUGCUGUGUUGUCCGUUGUGUCUCUGCUUGUGUCGCUGUACAGGUGGCCGUCGGUGAUCAUCCAGCCGCACAGACCGGGCCCUCGUAUCGUGCGCACUGGGAUAUGGACUGUACAUUUCGGCAUCGACAACGAAGGGAAGGACAGUCAGCGGCGCAUGAGGGAUCUGAUCAAGGACAUGGAACUGGACGUGGUUGGUCUGCUGGAGACGGACUUGCAUUAUGUCGACAUCGGACCCGGUCCCAAUCAACACACGUGGGGAGCAGUCCUGCUAUCCAAGUUUCCGAUCCUCAGUUCCACGCACCACCUCCUCCCUUCUCCCCACGGAGAGCUGGCUCCUGCCAUUGAAGCUGUCUUGGAUAUGUAUGGCACAAACGUGACGGUGGUCGUCGCUCACAAUGGACAAGAGGAAACCCCGCUUGACCGUGAACUUCAAGCGACCGAACUAGCGCGCAUAUACGUGGUGUUACGUCCAAUUCUUCGAUGUAUCUCAUCGUCUCCUUCUAGCCGCCCCAUACGAAUAAUGGUCACUGACGGGCGUGUCCACGACAUCGAUGAGGAAGAUUGGGAUCGAUGGUGUGAAUACAUCUUAUAUCGCGGUCUCUAUCGGACGGCAUACGCUCGAGUAUCUCGAAGCACGAUUACCGAUACGGAGCUGCAAAUAGGACAAUUCAUGCUUCCCAAACAUGGCGCUGAAGUUUCCGACGAGAGUCGCGAGGCACGGUACACGAGAUCAUGGAAAGAAGGCUUGCCACAAGACCAUGUAAUUAUGCAGUAA